AUGGAAGCUCUCUCCGCUACCGCUCCCCCGACCCUCUUCGACCAGGGCUCCGUCGACAAGGCCAACCUUUUCCAAACCAUUGCUCCCUCAUGGGGUCCGAGGUUUCCUCGUUACCAACCCUCAACGCCCGUUUGGGCACGGCGUGCUAAACUCCCUUACUCUGGUGCCGGCAUGGAUGAGUUGAACGUGCUUCAACUCGAGUUAAAGCCGAAACCUUUCCUUCGGUUCCUUCGAUUGCUCCUUCCAUUGGGAUGCCAGUCUGCUGCCCUUGUCUUGUGCUUGGGAUGCCGCCCGUCGCCGAUGGCCGUCCUCACCGAAGGCCCCUUGCUCACGACCCUCGCUUGUGGGAGCGUUACUUGUUGCCGCGGCUACCUGACCUUUGUUUUGUCUGAGAUCAGAGUCUUCAUGCUGUUAGCCUUAACGUACAGAGUUCGGACCCCUGCUGUCAUGGGUUUUGGGUCCCGAAAUCGUCCUCCCGAUCCGACCACUCCUCGUGUGCAUUAG